UUUGUUUCUUUCGACGACUGAUUCGUUUGCGUCGUGAAACAGCAGAAAUUUACAGCAGUAGGGUCGUUCGGCUUUCGUUUCCAUCCCAAAGUAUUUCGACAUUUCCUGUUGAAUUUCCGUUCGAUAACUUGCCAAAAGUUUGCAAAAUGACCACGGACAUUGCCCGCAAUCCGGAAGCGCCCGGUUUCAGCUUCGAGAACUGCCGCAGGAAUGCCCAACUUGUGAAGCAAGGGUUCGUGCCACCGAAGAUGAUCAAAACGGGAACGACCAUCGUUGGAAUCAUCUACAAGGAUGGUGUUAUCCUGGGCGCCGAUACCCGAGCUACGGAGGGCCCGAUUGUUGCGGAUAAAAACUGCGAGAAGAUCCACUACUUGGCGAAGAAUAUGUACUGUUGUGGUGCCGGAACUGCCGCCGAUACGGAAAUGACCACCAACAUGAUUGCCUCCAAUUUGGAGUUGCAUCGGUUGAACACGGGCAGGACGGUCCCGGUUGUCGCCGCAAAUACCAUGCUGAAGCAAUUUUUGUUCCGCUACCAGGGCUAUGUCAGCGCCGCGCUGGUUCUGGGAGGUGUGGACAACACCGGAUCGUACAUUUACUGUAUCUACCCACACGGAUCGACGGACAAGUUGCCGUACGCCACGAUGGGUUCCGGAAGUUUGGCCGCCAUGUCGGUGUUCGAAUCGCGCUGGAAGCCGGACAUGGAAGAGGAGGAAGGCAAGAAGCUGGUACGGGACGCCAUCGCGGCCGGUGUUUUCAACGAUCUGGGUUCGGGGUCGAACAUUGAUUUGUGUGUGAUCAAGAAGGACGGAGCCCAGUACCUGAGAACGUUCGAGGAAGCGAACAAGAAGGGAACCCGUACGUUGAAUUAUGAUUUCCAGCCCGGAACGACUGGUGUGCUGCAGAGUAAGAGCUUCAAGAUCGACAUUACCGAGGAAUGCGUCCGUACGCUUAUUCCGGUGGGUGGUGUCGAGAGUAUGGAUACGGCUUAGGUAGUGGUUUGAAUAUGAUUAUAAUUACAAGAAGAAACGAGACAUAUGUCUGAUUGAGUUCUGUCAAUAAAAAUGAUACCCUUUAAUUAA